AUGGGUGAUAGUAAUACGUCUGUUACUCUCAUUAGCAAACUUGAUAUAGGGUCUCCUCUUUACUUGCAUCCUAGUGACUCUAGUGCAUUGACCAUUGUUAGUAUAAAACUUAAGGGUACAGAAAACUAUACAGUUUGGGCUAGUGCAAUGAAGCUUGCACUAGAAGCUAAAAAUAAGUACGGGUUUAUAGAUGGCAAGUGUGAAAAACCAAAAGAUGAUGAUGUGUUGUCUGCUCAGUGGGAUAGAUGUAAUUCAGUUGUGCUUACUUGGUUGUUAAACUCUAUAUCUGAGGAAUUGUUUCUUGGUCAAGUCUUUUCAAAAUUAGCUUCUGAGGUCUGGAAUGAUCUCAAGGAGUCUUUUUAUAAGGUAGAUGGUUCUGUUGUAUAUGAUUUGUAUAAGAAAAUCAAUAAUAUUUCACAAAAUGGUAGUUCUGUGGCAGACUAUUAUAAUAGAUUGACAACAAUGUGGAAGCAAUUUGAUGCUAUGUUGCAUCUGCCUUCAUGCUCUUGUCAAGCUGCCAAGGACUAUAAUGAUUUUUCAACAUUAAUAAAGUUGAUGCAAUUUCUUAUGGGACUUGAUGAUGUUUACCAACCAGUAAGAACAAAUCUGUUAACAAGAGAACCAUUUCCUUCAGUUAAAGUGGCGUUCUCUAUUAUUUCUAGAGAAGAGUCGCAUAGGUUGUCUAGUUCUGGUUCAAAAGGGCAGAAUGUGUCUUUUACUACUAAGUCUAAUCAAAAUAGUUUUGAUCCCAAAAGAAGAGUGUCUAGAGGACCAAACCCAAAUCUGAAGUGUACACAUUGUAAUAUGUUAGGACACACUGUUGAUAGGUGUUUUGAAGUCAUAGGGUAUCCUCCUGGUUUUAAAAGAAGAACUAAUAAUAAUAACAAUCAGUCGUUUAGAAACAAUUUUAAUAAUAAUAAGUCAAGUAAUACAACUAUUAGUUCUUCUGCUUCUGUUGGAAAUUCUGGUUUGCCUUUCACAUCUGAACAGAUAGCAAAGUUGUUGAGUUUAGUAGGUGGAAAAAACGGAACUGAUCCUCAAAGUUCGAAUAUGGGAGGUGAGUCUGUUUGUGUCAAUAAUUUUGUUAGUUGUUCUAGUUACAUUGGGUUUAGUAGUAAUAUCUUGUGGGUCAUAGAUUCUGGGGCUAAUCAACAUAUGGUUAAUGAUGAUAAAGAAUUAUUUAAUAUAAUUGAUGUCUCAGAAUUUGAUCUUAAAGUGAGUCACCCUAAUGGAACUAGUGUCAAAGUUAUGAAGAUUGGUCAUCUAAAAUUGAUCAAUGGAGUGGUUUUACAAGACGUCUUUUAUGUUCCAGGAUAUAAUGUUAAUCUGUUGUCUGUACAUAGACUUGCUAAGGAUAAUCAGAUUUCUGUGAUCUUUAAUGAAAAUAAUUGUGUAUUACAGGAUUCCAAGUCAAGGAAAAUCCUGAUGACUGGUAGACAGGAUAGUGGUCUAUAUUUUGUUGGUAGUAAUGGUAAUUCUAUGAAUGUUUGUUUCAAUAGUUCUGUGAAGUCUUAUACAUGGCAUAGUAGGUUAGGACACCCUGCAGAUCAAGUCUUAGCUGUGUUGAAACAGAGUCUUAACAUAAAUUCAAGUGAUCAUGGUCCGUGUGAUGUGUGUCAUAGAGCAAAACAAGUUAGAGUCCCAUUUCCUUUGAGUGAACACAAGUCUAAGUGUGUUGGUGACUUAAUACAUUUAGACUUAUGGGGUCCUUACAAAAUAGCAAGUUAUGAUGGUUUUAAAUACUUUCUGACUGUUGUAGAUGAUUACUCUAGGUUACCCUCUAGUGUGUUGAAUGGUAGAAGUCCGUUUGAAAUGAUGUUUGGUUUCAGUCCCUCUUUAUCUCACCUUAGGAACUUUGGAUGUUUGUGUUUUAGUACGAUUUUAAAUGAAUCAGAUAAGUUUGCGUUUCAUGCGGAAAGGUGUGUUUUGCUUGGCUAUUCAAAUUUUAAAAAAGGGUAUAAGUUGUGGAGCUUGGACAGUAAAAAAAUAUUUUUUUCAAGAGAUGUAAAAUUUUAUGAAGAUGUAUACCCUUUCAAAGUUAAGUCGUUUGAUAGUCGAGAAACUGUUUGUAAAGAAAAUAUAAAUCAUAUUAAUUUUUUUGAAACGUAUGCAUCUGAAGUUCCUAACAUACCCGAUGAUGAAGAGGGUACAAAUGGUGCUAAUAAUCCUAUUAGUGAUGAUCAGCAGCCAUUGUCACCCUCUACAUCAGCCCCCGACUCUGAUAGACGAGAGAGCAGUAGUGGUCAGGGUAACAAUGGCGGGGCAGAGGACACUUUAGGUUUAAAUGUUGACACCAGCCUAUCUGAGGGUACACAAAAUGUUAGACGUUCUUCUAGAAAUAUUUCUUUGCCAAAAAAAUUGGAUGGGUUUGUUCUUGAUGGUAAGGUUAAAUAUGGUAUAGAUAGGGUUGUUAAUUACUCUUAUUUGUCUGCUGAGAAUUAUUGUUUUGUUAGUUCUUUGAAUAAAGUUGUUGAACCAGUUAGUUAUAGUGAGGCAGUUAAAGACAUUAGGUGGGUUGAGGCUAUGAAUUCUGAAAUGGAGGCUUUAUUCAAGAAUAAUACAUGGGUUUUAGUUGAUUUGCCACCCGAUAGAAAGCCUAUUGGGUGCAAAUGGGUGUAUAAGGUUAAAUAUAAAGCUAAUGGUGAAAUUGAACGUUUCAAAGCUAGGUUAGUUGCCAAAGGUUAUAAUCAAAGAGAAGGCAUAGAUUUUAGUGAAACCUUCUCUCCUGUUGUUAAGAUGGUUAGUAUAAGAUGUGUUGUGUGCCUUGCUGUGAAAAAUAAAUGGCCAAUGUUUCAACUUGAUAUUAAUAAUGCUUUUUUGUAUGGUUCAUUGUCUGAGGAUGUGUAUAUGUCGUUACCCCCUGGGUAUUAUUCUAAGGAAGAAACAAAGGUUUGUAAGCUUGUAAAGUCCUUAUAUGGACUUAAACAAGCGCCACGUAAGUGGAAUGAAAAAUUAACCGAGGUUUUAGAAAAGAUUGGUUUUAAACAAAGUUUAUGUGAUCACUCUUUGUUUAUUUUGUGUAAAGAUUUUGUGGUUGUUAUUCUGCUUGUGUACGUUGAUGAUAUUGUCUUAGCUGGAAAUGAUGUUAAUGAAAUGGGUAAAGUUAAGAAAUUGUUAAGUGACAGUUUUAAGAUAAAAGACUUGGGUAAGCUAAAGUAUUUUCUUGGAAUAGAAGUUUUAUAUGAUAAAGAUGAUGUUUGUUUGAAUCAAAGAAAAUACUGUUUGGAGUUAUUAAAUGAAUUUGGGUUGUUAGGUUGUAAACCUGUUUCAACUCCUAUUGAACAAAGUUUUGUUGUGUUGUCUAAAACGGAAAAAAAUCCAAUAUUGUUAAAAGAUGUCACUAAUUUUCAGAAACUAAUUGGAAAAUUAAUAUAUCUUUCGUUGACCAGACCUGAUAUAUCAUAUGCGGUUCAAUUUCUGAGUCAAUUUAUGCAUAGCCCAACUGAAUCGCAUUUGCAAGUUGCUCUAAGAUUGUUAAGAUAUUUGAAAUCUUGUCCUGGUCGGGGUUUAAGGUUUAAAUCUGAUAGUGGCUUAGAGCUGUUAGGAUAUGCUGAUUCUGACUGGGGUAAAUGUUUGGCUACUCGGAAAUCUGUAACUGGUUUCUGCAUAUUUCUGGGCUCUUCCUUGGUUUCGUGGAAGAGUAAAAAACAAAGUGUAGUGUCGAGGUCAACGGCUGAAGCAGAGUAUAGAGCCAUGUGUUCGGCUACGUGUGAAAUAAUGUGGAUUAUAAAUUUGUUAAAAGAGCUUAAGGUUGAUGUUUCCUUGCCUGUAAGUUUGUUUUGUGAUAGUAAAGUCGCUUUGUCUAUAGCUUCAAAUCCAGUAUUCCAUGAGAGAACGAAGCAUUUUGAACUGGAUUUACAUUUUUUAAGAGAAAAGGUUGCCUGUGGUAUAAUACGUCCUGAGAAAGUUGACACUGAGUAUCAACUUGCGGAUGUAUUUACUAAAGGGCUUUCAGUAUCACAGCAUGAAACAUUCUGUGAUAAAUUGGGUUUGAUAAAUAUGUUUAAACAUAUGAAUGAAGGGGGAAUGUUAAAAGAGAAGGUUUAA